AUGAUAGGGAGCACGGCCGGAGCUCCGCAUGGUCUUCUCGACGGCGUUGUCUCCUCCCGUAUCCCGCCUUCGUUGCGAUACUCCACUGAACCCCUUCGCCGGCACGGAGCUUCCGUCAGAGCUGCGGUUACUACCGCUCAUCAGGGAUUGGUCUCCGGGACGCGAUUUCCCCACCGGAAGGCGGUCGAUGCAGCUUCUGUAACUUCAGUCGUGGAGACGAGGAAUUGCCGCGAGAGCCUCUCCGAAAAUGGUGAGAACAGCAGCGCCGCCGCCAGCGCAACCUCCACCGGCAAGAUCAAGAGAGUGUUCCUCUUGGAUGUGAACCCUAUUUGUUAUGACGGAGCCAGGCCGAACCUGCACUCCUUUGCUCGCUGGCUGUCCCUAUUUUUCGCCCAAGUCAGCCUCCGAGAUCCUGUUAUUGCAGUAACGCACCCUCAACCAGCCGCCAUGUUCAUUUGUAUCGUUGUGAAGUUCGCGCGCUUGUGGCCAUAUCUGAAUUGCGGUUCCAUUCCAGGUUCUUGACGGGGACAAUGGGAACGAUUACCGCAAGAGAUUGCUCCCUUCUUAUAAAGCACACAGGAGGAAGUUAUCAGCGGGUGGCCCCAGCCGGGCUGAGCUUUACGUCUCAGAUGUGCUCCGGAAUUGCCAUGUGCCGGUCUGUGAUGAUUCUGCCCCCUCCGCUUCCUUUCCUCCAUGACUUCUGCGUUCGAUUUUUCUACUUUACAAUUGAAUGCAUAGAAUCACAUGCUUUGGGAGACUGAGAAUACCAGCACAAGCAAGCAGAGAAGCCGGUGCCUGAUUAUUAGAGCUACGUGCCAUAAAGCAGUCCUCAUUCUUAGUAAAAAUGUUACGUAGAUAUCUAUCCUUCUCAUUAAGUUGGACGCGUUGUAGCGAACUCGGCAAUUUGGGAAAAGUAUUGUCUCGAAGAGUAUUAUGCGUAUGCCCUCUUUAUUAGCAUAAAAAUACUUGCCUGUUGGUGCAUCUACUUCAUAAUUGAUCAAGUACCUGAAACAGAUAUGGAGACUUUUACCCAGCCUUACUUAUAGACUCUUCACGCCUAAAUAAUUCGUUGCAUUAUGAAUGACAGCCAGGGGACGGGCAAAACAGUGGCCCUUUUUCUUAAUAACAUUUAGGAAUGUGAGCAUUAUCCAUUGAGGGGUUCUUUCGAGCACCCUUCUAUCCUUUUGCUGCAUGUGUCGAUUUCAAUGCUUGGAGAAACUUUUUUGACUUGAAGAUGACCGUGCCCACUAGAAGCUGAAUUACUGGCGUGCUAUAACUUGCAGGGCUUCUCAUCUUCCAGCAGUUAAUACUGAAAUUAUUAAGCAAUGCAGGUUGUUAAGGUGAAUGGCUAUGAAGCAGACGACAUUGUGGCCACACUUGCAGACCAAGCUAUCCAAAGGGGUCUCCGUGUUGUCAUUGCCUCCCCUGACAAAGACUUCAAGCAGCUGAUAUCUGAAGAUGUGCAGAUUGUUAUGCCCGUGCCUGAGUUCGGACGCUGGUCCUUUUACACGCUAAAACAUUAUGUCACCCAAUAUGAUUGUGAUCCAAGUUCUGAUUUAAGUCUCCGUGAGUAUCAUCUGAUGCUCUUCCCUCCAUCAUUUUCUUAAAUUUGUUUCUUUUUCUUGAAUGUGGGGGUUUGAAUCAUCUGAUAGAAAGAUAUCCUCUUAUGUCCCAACCAUGAGAAUGUUAUAUCUUUUCGAAGUUUAUAGUGGCCACAAAUAAAUCAAAUCAUAAAAUUGUGGAAUAAUCCUUUACUAACAACCCAGGCUGCAUCUUGGGAGAUGAGGCUGAUGGCGUCCCCGGAAUCCAGCAAUUUGUUCCUAGCUUUGGCCGUAAAACAGCAGUGAGACUCUUGAAAAAGCACGGGUCCUUGGAAAAUCUACUCAACACAGCUGCGGUCAGGACAGUGGGCAAGCAGUACGCCCAGGAUGCUCUGAAUAAAUAUGCUGAUUAUCUGCGGAGGAACUAUGAAGUGCUCAGCCUCAGGAGGUUCCUUUCCUUUCUCUCCUUUGUUUCAUUUUAAAAUGAUUGCAUCGGAAAUCAUUGUGUCUCGAUUUAUUUAUUUAUUUAUUUAAUUUUCCUAAGUUCUGACCACCCCGGUAAUUUACCUUAAAUUCAGAGAUGCCGACAUCCAUCUCCAGGAAGAAUGGUUAUGUGAGCGACAGGUCUUCAACGAUUCCACUGCUGUAUCAGACUUUGUCAAACUGUUGGAUAGGUUCCAGCAGCCCAGCAGGAGAUACGUGCCUUCCCGAUGA